AUGGCCGAGGAAGAGCUGCAGGCCAAACUGCGCGAGCUGGACCAUGAGCUAGAGGAGGGCGACAUUACAAAGAAAGGGUACGAAAAGCGCCGGACGCUCCUGCUGUCGCACUUCUAUGGACACGGCGAGCUGGACGCCCUGUCGUCGGCCGGCCAUUCGCGUACUGCCUCGCUGGCGAACACGUCGGCCGGCCCCUACGUCGCCGACGACAGCCUCAGCAAUGCCCCGACUGCUGUUGAACGCACCGCCUCGGCCUUCCAAGGCCGCUCCACGCCCGCCAGCAUGUACGGCUCCGACUAUGCCUUCAAUCCAGACCCUCAGUACAACCAUCUGCUCUCUCACCCUCAGCGCCAGCAACAAUCGCCCGAUGUACAGAGCCGUCUCAGCACUAUGCUCGACUCGCAGCAGGGCUUUUUCGACGACUUCGCCGGCCAGCAGAUGCAGGACCACGCUCGCGAGGAGAGCUACGGCGGCCCUCAGCGCUAUUCCAUGGGCGAAGCCUUCUCGCCCACCGCAAACAUCCCCCCUCCGUUGAUGUCUUCGUCCGACAUCGAUCCAUCCGCCCCGAUCCACCAGCUGCCUCUGGAACCGCGAGAGGUGCCUUUUGCCGUAUACGACCCCCAUAACAAGUCCGUCCCCAUGUCCAACUUCGACAACAUUGGCGCCGUCCUCCGUCACCGUGCUAGGUCAAAUGGCCGCCAGCCUGCAUACUGGGUCCUGGAUUCAAGAGGCAAAGAGACUGCUUCCAUCACCUGGGAGAAGCUAGCCAGUAGGGCAGAGAAGGUCGCCCAAGUUAUCCGUGACAAGAGCAACCUGUACCGCGGUGAUCGUGUCGCCCUGGUAUACCGUGACACUGAGGUCAUUGACUUCGCUGUUGCCCUUAUGGGCUGCUUCAUCGCUGGUGUCGUUGCUGUACCCAUAAACAAUGUCGACGACUAUCAAAAGCUCGGCCUGCUUCUCACUACAACCCAGGCACAUCUCGCCCUGACUACCGACAACAAUCUUAAAGCUUUCCAUCGCGAUAUCAGCCAACAGCGCUUGAAGUGGCCUUCUGGCGUUGAGUGGUGGAAGACCAACGAAUUUGGGAGCUACCAUCCAAAGAAGAAGGACGAUACUCCGCCUUUGCAGGUGCCAGAUCUCGCUUAUAUAGAGUUUUCUCGCGCUCCUACUGGCGAUUUACGCGGUGUCGUCCUGAGCCAUCGCACUAUCAUGCACCAGAUGGCCUGUGUCAGCGCCAUUGUGUCUACUAUUCCCACCAGUGAUCCCGACUCGGGCUUUAGAGCCCCUCCGGGGACAAAAACAGAGACCAUCUUGUCUUACCUCGAUCCUAGAGAGGGUGUGGGCCUGAUCCUCGGCGUACUAUUCGGUGUUUAUGGUGGUCAUACGACCGUCUGGCUGGAAGCCAAAACUGUGGAUACCCCUGGAAUGUACGCGCAUUUGAUUACCAAGUAUAGGUCCACCAUCAUGGUUGCCGAUUAUCCUGGUCUGAAACGAACUGCCUACAAUUAUCAACAGGAUCCAAUGGCCACGAGGAACUUCAAGAAGAAUGCAGAGCCCAACUUCUCGACAGUCAAGAUCUGCUUGAUUGACACCAUCACUGUGGACAGCGAAUUUCACGAAAUUCUGGCAGAUCGUUGGUUCAGACCGAUGCGCAAUCCCCGCGCCAGGGAACUGGUCGCUCCUAUGCUUUGCUUGCCUGAGCACGGAGGCAUGAUUGUAUCCGUCAGGGACUGGCUUGGUGGAGAAGAGAGGAUGGGAUGUCUCUUAAGCAUAGAUGACGCCGAGCACGAUCUCAAGGACGAUGGAACUGCGAGUCAAGGAAACUCGAACAACUAUUCCAGUCUGCUGGGUAGUGUAGGGGGUACCACCGCCAAGAAAGGUCAAAAGAAUAGCCGUAACGAGCUGAGUGAGGUGUUGCUCGAUAAGGAAGCUCUCAAAACGAACGAGAUCGUUGUUCUGGCCAUGGGCGAGGAUGCCAGGAGAAGAGCCAACGAGCCUGGGACUGUCAGAGCAGGUGCAUUUGGGUAUCCCAUUCCGGACGCGACACUUGCCCUAGUUGACCCUGAGACUGGUCUGCUUUGCUCGCCUUUCACAAUCGGCGAAAUCUGGGUGGACUCUCCAUCCCUUUCAGGAGGCUUCUGGGCCCUUCCAAGACACACGGAAAGUAUUUUCCACGCCAGACCCUACCGCUUUGUUGAGGGCAGUCCUACUCCAGUCCUGGUCGAACCUGAGUUUCUGCGUACUGGACUCCUGGGAUGUGUUAUCGAAGGCAAAGUGUAUGUGCUCGGCCUCUACGAGGAUCGUAUAAGGCAGCGAGUAGAGUGGGUGGAGAAUGGCGUGCAUGAGCAUGAGCAUCGAUACUUCUUCGUCCAGCACCUGGUCACAAGCAUCAUGAAGACUGUGCCGAAGAUUUUCGAUUGCUCUGCGUUUGACGCACAUGUGAAUGGUGAAUAUCUCCCAUUCGUGCUUUUGGAGUCUCAAGCUGCCUCUACAGCUCCGACCACUGCUGGCGGACCACCAAGACAACUAGACAUUCCCUUCCUGGACUCGCUUACUGAGCGCGUCAUGGAAGUGCUUUAUCAGGAACAUCACCUGCGAGUAUACUGUGUCAUGUUGACAGCUCCAAAUACCCUGCCGCGUGUUGUCAAGAACGGCAGAAGAGACAUUGGAAACAUGCUGUGCAGGAAAGACUUUGACAACGGAGCUCUGCAGUGCGUGUACGUUAAAUUUGGCGUCGAGAGGGCUGUACAGAAUUUACCAUUGGGAGACGACCCGGCCGGUGGCAUAUGGUCGCCUCUAGCCUCGCAGGCGAGACAAGACCUACUAAUGUUGCAAGACAAGCAAUAUUCCGGCGUUGAUCACCGCGAGGUCGUGAUUGAUGACAGAACCUCGACUCCCUUGAAUCAGUUCUCUAACAUCCAUGAUCUGAUGCAGUGGCGUGUUUCGCGACAAGCUGAAGAACUCGCCUAUUGUACCAUUGAUGGUCGUGGACGGGAAGGUAAAGGCGUCAACUGGAAAAAAUUCGACCUCAAGGUUGCAGGCGUUGCUGCGUACCUGAAGAACAAGGUCAAGGUCAAGCCUGGCGACCACUUGUUGCUCAUGUACACUCAUUCGGAGGACUUCGUUUAUGCCAUGCAUGCUUGUUUCUGUCUAGGUGUGGUGGCUGUUCCUAUGGCACCUAUCGAUUCUAACAGACUGCACGAGGAUGCGCCUGCAUUGCUUCACGUCAUCGCCGAUUUCCGCAUCAAAGCGCUUGUCGUCAACGCCGAUGUCGAUUCUCUGCUAAGGCAAAAGGCUGUUUCGCAGCAUCUUAAACAAUCCGCACUCAUUCUCAAGGUCAACCUGCCCAACAUCUACAACACUUCCAAGCCGCCAAAACAGUCUCAUGGAUGUCGCGAUCUAGGCUUUACCAUGCGACCGGCAUGGGUAGCGCAAGGCUUCCCUGCUCUUAUCUGGACAUACUGGACGCCAGACCAGCGAAGGAUAGCCGUACAACUCGGCCACGACACUAUUAUGGCAUUGUGCAAAGUGCAGAAGGAAACCUGCCAAAUGACAUCUACUCGUCCAGUUCUGGGCUGCGUCAGAUCCACCAUGGGUAUCGGUUUCUUGCAUACCUGCUUGAUGGGUAUCUUUUUGGCCGCACCAACAUACCUGGUCUCGCCAGUCGACUUUGCUGCAAACCCCAGCAUCUUGUUCCAGAUAUUGUCGCGCUACAAGAUCAAGGAUACUUAUGCGACAUCACAAAUGCUUGAUCACGCCAUGGCUCACAACGCCGGAAAGUCGACCUCCCUCCUCGAGCUGAAGAAUCUCAUGAUUGCCACAGAUCAGAGACCUCGCGCAGAUGUUUACAGCAAAGUUCGCGUAGCCUUUUCUCAAGCGGCGCUUGAUAGGACUGCUAUUAACACCAUAUACAGUCAUGUGCUGAACCCGAUGGUUGCAAGUCGUAGCUACAUGUGCAUAGAACCCAUCGAGUUGUAUCUUGAUACCAACGCACUUCGCCGAGGAUUGGUGGCUCCUGUCGAUCCGGACACGGAGCCAUUUGCCCUACUCGUCCAGGACUCGGGUAUGGUACCCGUUAGCACGCAAAUCAGUAUCGUUAAUCCAGAGACCAACCGUCUGUGUUUGGCAGGCGAGUACGGUGAGAUUUGGGUGCAAAGCGAAGCUUCCGCUUACUCAUUCUACGGAUCGAAGGAUGCGUUCGAUGCCGAACGCUUCAACGGCCGUACAGUGGAUGGUGAUCCUGGUGUGAGAUACAUGCGCACUGGAGAUCUUGGCUUCCUGCACAGUGUCAGUAGGCCCAUCGGACCUGGUGGCAACAUGGUCGAAAUGCAGGUCUUGUUCGUCCUUGGUGGAAUUGGUGAGACUUUCGAGGUUAAUGGUCUCCAACACUUCCCCAUGGAUGUCGAAGCCAGUGUAGAGAGAUGUCACCGUGCUCUUGUCUCUGGUGGAUGCGCAAUUUUCCAAGCCGGCUCACUCCUGGUCCUCAUCGCCGAGUCUCGCACCCGUGCCUUCCUCGCGUCGAUAGUACCAAUGAUCGUGAACACGGUACUGAACGAGCACCAGCUUGUGCUUGACAUUGUUGCCUUUGUCCAAAAGGGUGACUUCCCCCGAUCAAGACUUGGCGAAAAGCAGCGAGGCAAGAUCUUGGCCAGCUGGGUCUCUCGCAAGAUGCGCACGAUAGCUCAGUUUAGUAUCCGCGAUCCUGACGCAGAGGGAAGCGUGGGUACAGCGGUGCCAAAUGAAGGUGCGACUGAUAGACGCAGCAGCGUACAGUCGGGUAAUGCGGGCGCUGGCGCCUUCAGAGGAGGGCCCGGCAGUAUUAACCGCGCUCCCGGUACAGCAGGCAGUUCGUUGCGUCAUGUCGAAAGCAUCUCACAACUGCCAUUGGCCGAAGAACCACAUGCGUAUGACAUGCCAAGCAUGCCGCAGCAGCUCUACACGGACGAGCUGCCACGACCAUCAGCAGAGUUCUUGCGCAAUAACGACCAUACACCCACAAACGAGCGACCGAACCACCUCGCGCUGAACACCACACUCGAUUAUUCUCCCGUAGAAGGUAACAUGAUCUACGGCUUUUCUGACGAGCAAGACUUUGCAAGCGCGGCGCCCGAGCAAUUCCAACCACCACCUCGAUCGGAGUUCAGAGGCAAUUACAGCGAAGAGCCCGACUCGCCAGUAGAUGUACCGGUGCAGUCGGGCGGACUGAGGAUCGCUAAUCGCACCAGCAUCGACAGUGAUGAAGACUGGUCACAAGAUGCAAUGAGGCAUUUGAACUUGAAUGCGAGUUAG